AUGAAACAGGGAAUGGGGCUUGAUGCAGACUGUCCCAUUGUCUUCCGAAUGAGCUUUGAAGGGAGAGAAAUCAAUAUCACAGCAGCCAGCAGAGGGAGACAGUAUAGAAAGAGAUUUGGAGUGAAAAAAACAGGUGGAAUAAACCUUGUAUCAACAACAAUCUUUUGUCUUAUUUUACAGACCAACAGUAAAGCUUUCACAGCCAAGACAUCUUGUGUCCGCAGACGAUAUCGUGAGUUUGUGUGGUUAAAGAAACAGCUGCAAAAAAAUGCUGGCUUGGUGCCUGUCCCAGAACUUCCAGGGAAAUCUACUUUCUUCACAGGCAAUACUGAUGAAUUCAUUGAGAAACGAAGACAAGGAUUGCAACAGUUCUUGGAGAAGACGGUACAGAAUGUUGUACUCCUUUCAGAUAGCCAGCUGCACCUUUUCCUACAAAGCCAACUCUCUGUACCAGAAAUUGAAGCUUAUGUGCAGGGUCGGGGCCCUAUGAGUGUCACUGAUGCCAUUCUCCACUAUGCCAGGUCCAAUUGUGGUUGGAUUCAGGAGGACAGUCAUUCAGCUUUGCUGGCUGUGCAUGACUUUGGCAACAGUUUUGAUGAAGAAAGCCAGUUUGUCCAAAGCUCCAUAGAACCACUCACUCAUUGGAGUGAUGUCAGCAUAGAUGGCAACAAAUUGGAGAGUCCGUGUUCUGAGGAAGAUGACCAUCAACCAACAGGACUGCUACAGGCUGGUUCCACAGCAUCAAAUCACCACAUCAAUUAGCGAGAAUAAAAAAGCCCAUUCAGGAUGUGCUUUGGAGCUCAGCAUAAACUUUUGCCACUUAAGUUGAAAAUUAUUUGGAUUAUUAGAACUCCAGGCGGAAGUGUUUGGAUUAUUCCUAGUGGCUUGGGUGUGAAAAGCCUGGACCAGUGAACUGUUUGAACAAUUAGAAUUGAAGCAUAUGAAUGCAGAAGUAGUUUUCCAGUAUGCUUUUUUUCUGCUCUUCCACUUUGAUCCUUCGUCUUCCUCAACUUUUUGUAUAUUUUGACAAAUUAUCCUGCAUAGGAAAGUGCUCUGGCUUGUUGACUAUGUUCUCUUCCCUCAUCCUCCAUGUCUAUAUCUGAUAAUGCUUGUUGCACAACCCCAGCUGCCUUUUGUAGGUGUAUCAAAACUAUUUGCCUGUAGUACAGCUUCUUUUUAAGAUGGUGCCAGAAAGCCCACCUGUUUGCCAUGAAUGCCAAAUCCACAUCUGGGUUUUUUGGUAGAUAUACACAGCUGGGACAAAAGGCCAGACUCCCUCCCCAAUUCAUUAUUGCUAGAGCUGCUAAG